GUCGCUUUCCACAACAUGAUCCGUCAUGGCGGCGUCCAUAGACAGCUUGUUGGCGGAAAUCUCCGAUAUUGAAGAUCCAAUUGAAGAACUCAAACAUCUGAAAACAGCGAUUCUAUCCAUCCCAAUAAGCGCACUGCGUGACUCGGUCACAGGAGAUCGUUUCGACGUCAUUUUCUCCCUUCUGAGCACAACUGAAAGGGAACAGAUUGAGUUAUGUGUCGACAUUCUGGAGCGCCUCUUGGUGGCCCUCAGCCCGGUGUCCCUGGCCCAGGACUUCAGAGAGGCUCUACAGGGGGGGUUAACUCAUCACGCCGAGGGGGUGAAGAUACUGGCCUUAACACAGAUCGGUAGGAUAGUGGCCCAUCCAGAGGCUGUCACUGAAAUCCUUAACAACGAUGACAUCCUUCAAGAGGUUAUUCACUGCAUUGGUGGGGAUCACAUAGCCGUGGCCAAACAGGCCAUUUUGUCCCUGUCCAAACUGAGCCACUCCAAGGCCGGCCUGGACAAACUGUUCCGCAGCAGUCUUCUCAAAGACAUGAAGGAUGUGAUGGAGAUAAGCGACAUUGUCCGAUACAGAGUUUAUGAGCUGGUGGUGGACAUAGCGUCUGUGUCUGACAUCUCCCUGGGCUACUGCGCCAGUAGCAGCUUCAUCUCCCAGCUGCUGGCUGAGCUGAUGGGAGAGGACGUUCUGAUCAGGGCAACAGCCAUCGAGAUGGUGACAGGUCUGGCCCAGAGCCAGCAUGGACGCCAGCACCUGGCCCAGCAGGGGGUGAUGGACAAGAUCUCCAACAUGAUCAAAGGAGCCAACACAGACCCCUUCUCCUCCCUGUACCUCCCUGGGCUGGUGAAGUUCUUUGGGACCCUGGCGAUCACAGACAGCCCCCAGCAGGUGUGUGAGAUGUACCCGGCCUUCCAGAACAAGGUGUUUGAGAUGGCCCUGGACCCCGACCCAGUCAUGACCGGGGUGGCUCUGGACACGCUGGGCCUACUGGGCUCAACCGUGGAGGGCAAACAGGUCCUACAGAAGACCGGAGAACAGUUCAAGGCAGUGUUGGUCAGAAUGAGCCAGCUGGCCCAUCUGGGAGCCACGGAGAUGAGGGUGCGCAGCCUGGAUGCCAUCGCUCAGCUGCUCAAUCUAGAGGUAGAACACCAGACCGAGGAUCUCUUGGCUCUGACAGAGUCCUGGUUCCUCCUGCUGGCCAACAAGCCCAUGGACAUGAUCACCAACAUCUGCACCCAGCCCUUCCCUGAGCUGCACUGCAGCGGCCUGCGUGUCUUCACAGCCAUCGCACCUCAACCCUGGGGUCAGAGGCUGAUGAUCGGCACGCCCAGCUUCAUGGAGUUCAUCGUGGACCGCUCCACAGGGAAGACCAAGGAAGCCAAGGAUGCCAAGUUUGCACUGGUGGGGGCUCUGGUGAGCACGUCCACAGCCGCCACCAUCCUCGGGAGCCGGAACUACCUGCAGCUGAGGACCUACCUGAGAGAGGGGGCGUACUAUGUGGCAGCGGUGGCUGCCGUCAGCACGGAUGGAGCCGAAUAAUUGUUCUUUGUAUUGUUUUUGUUUUUUUUGAAAUAAAAAUGAGUGUAGGGGUUACAAUGUAUGCUUGGUAAAUGAUUGAAUUCUAAUUCCUUAUCGAGCUGUAUGAGUUGGCAUGUUCAUGGUUGGAUAUGCCAGUUAUGAUGAAGCCCAUUCAAAAUAAACAAUUCUUUGAAUACAUUUAGA